GAUAUUAGCUGAUUAACUUGACGAUUUUGCACGCAGGUGUCUGAAAUGUCAAAAAACUUUAGUUUAGUCUCUGAUGUAAAAAAAAACCUUUUUGGCGAAUAAAAGGGAGAAAAACUAAUGAAAACAUUGUGAAAAUUUUGUGAUUUCCUGCCAAAAAGAUGCUUCCGGACUGCCUGGUGUGACGUCACUCCGUGCACGUCUCGGAUGGUGCCAAAACGCGUAGAAAUUGGGGUGUUUUAGUGUGAUAAAAGAAAAGAAAAAAAUUCCCUGAAAACUUUCCACACGCAAAUUCAGUUGAAAUUCCGCGAAGGCUGAAUAAAUAAAACAUUGUGUGGGAAUGACGUCUGGGGAUAACCUCGAGUGGCUCGAGGAGUUGCUGAUUGAGGUGCAACUGGAGCAGUUCUUCCAUCGCAUCACGGAUGACUUGCAGAUCACGCGUUUGGUGCAUUUCAAUUAUGUCCAUUCGGAGGAUUUGGAGAAAAUCGGCCUGGCACGCCCUGCCAUCCGGAGACUCAUGGAAGCCGUCCGGAAGCGCCGUAGUAUGGCAUGGCGGCAGACAUUGAUGGAGAAAAUCCUUCCGGGUGGACGGAAGAAGGCCCCAAGGGCGUCCCCGUCGAAGGCACCACCUGCCAGCACUUGCCUCAUCCUUGAGCGGGAGAUUUCCUUGGCUGACAAGCUGGGUGAUGGGAGUUUUGGGGUUGUCCGACGUGGAGAAUGGCGUCCAGGUGGGGGGCCAGCCAUCGCCGUGGCUGUAAAAGUUCUCAAGGCGGACGUAUCAAUGCCCGGAGUUGUGGAGGAUUUCUUCAAGGAAGUCCAAUCGAUGCACGUACUGGACCAUCCGAAUCUCAUUCAUCUCCAUGGGGUUGUCCUCUCGAAACCCCUCAUGAUGGUCACGGAGCUUGCAGAUCGUGGAUCUCUCCUGGAUACCCUUCAUACGCGCACACUGAAGCAUCUCUCCCUCAUGCACAUCUGGCGGUGGGCUGUGGAAGUUGCCACGGGCAUGGCAUACCUGGAAACCCGACGAAUCCUCCAUCGUGACCUAGCGUGCCGAAAUGUCUUCCUCCACGGCCCGGAGGAACGUGUCAAAAUUGGAGAUUUCGGCUUAAUGCGCUCCCUGCCGCAGCAGGAAGAUUGCUACGUCAUGACAGAACAUCGUCGGGUACCCUUCCCGUGGUGCGCCCCUGAAUCCCUACGCCUCCGGCAGUUUAGUCAUGCAUCCGAUGCCUGGAUGUUCGGUGUGACGCUCUGGGAAAUGUUCACAGGUGGCGAGGAACCCUGGGUUGCCCUCAAUGGGGCUCAGGUGCUGAAGAAAAUUGAAUCUGGGGAGCGUUUGGCCAUGCCAGAGCUCAGUUCCCCGGAAAUCUAUCAACUAAUGCUCCAAUGCUGGCACAGGGAUCCCCAAGAGAGGCUCUCCUUCAUUGACAUCCAAAAAUUCCUCAAAUCCGUACGACCUGUCCUUGUACGUUCCACAGUUGAUUACAGCGAAAAUGAGAAUUUCUCCACACGUUCCGGAGACGUGAUAGCCAUUAUUGACGAUCGGCCGCAGUUGAACUACGUCAAAGGUCAAAAUCAGCGAACAUUUGUGAUAGGGGCGCUUCCAAGAAAUGUUCUGGAGGCUGUUCAGCACGGAGAGAGAUCCCACAGUCCGGGUGUUGUGACACUCCGUCACAGUGCCGAUGAGGGGCAAAGAGUCCUCCGGAGGCGAACAUUCAACUCAGCUGAUUGUCGGAGAGCCGAAGCAGCGGUGGCAAAUAGAAAAUCAUGCCAAUCGUCGUUCCAGAACAAGAAAUCCACGGAAUCUCACACAAAGGAACGCAGCUACAUUGCUGCUAAGCAAUUUUCCUACAAUAAAUUGCGGAAUGAAUCGAAUUGUGUUGCCGGGAAGAAGCUAAAGCCAGUACGGCCGCCACAGCCAAAGGUGGAGGGACGUGUUGAGGAAGGGAAUCUCAUUGAUCUCUCCUCACCGGAUGCAGGAGAAGCGGAAGCAGUGGAGUUGCGGGGAAAGUUGAAUGAAAUGAAAUCCUUCAGUGCUGAAUGUAUUCUCGAUACUCCCAUUGAGGUUGGCACGGAGUACAUCCAGCAGCAGAACGCGUCAGAGGGGCACGAUGAGAAUCUCCCGUCGCCAGUUUAUGAGAAUUCCCGGGAAAUUGAUCACACUUCCUGGCAAUCGGUCAUGAUGGAAGCCUACGAAGCAGCUGUGCGGAGUCAGGAGCACGAACUCGAUCCCUUUGACACAUCUCACGUGCCAAUCCCGGAAGUUCAGCAGAAUUCCUUCGAUGACAACUGGGACUACAUCCGGCAGUUGGAUGUAAGUCACACACCCACCUCAGAGAUGGGAUACUUCACCCCGCCCGAAAGGGAGACCCCCAUUAAGGAGUUAACAGCUCCGGAAGUCGCACAGGAGUCAAUUAUAAAUGAGAUUGUAGCGCCCACGGAGGCGCUAACACUCCAAUACUCAGCCACAAGCAAUGCCACAACAAAUAUCUAUGACAAAGUAGACGAAGGUAGUCUCUACCAGGAACUCUAUCCGAAUCUCCCUGCCACAUACCAAAAUAUCCCAGAUGCAUGGAAUUCCCCCCGUGUGUACCCCGAGAGGGUGGUUGAAGCGCAAAAAUUGAGACCACACCGACCGGCUCCGUCAAUUCCCUCAUCCAGGUAAGGUGCGCAGACAGCAGUAAAUAGCCAAUAUCGAAUACUAAUGUGAAGAAAUCUCUAUUAAUGUAGGUAAUAGUUUCUGAUUUUAUUUUCUUUUAGUUGUUCUCUAAAUCGAAUGUCUUGUAAUUUUGUUUGUGUUGAAAAAGCUCAUAAAUAAGAAGAACUUCUAAUUUAAAGGAAGGUUGAGCAAAAGAAAAAAAAAGUAUUAUGUGCGCGAAGAAUGUGAAAUAAAAAUGAAUCUCGAAAGCUAAA